AUGAGCGUCAUUUUUAGUGCGUGCUAUGGUGUCCGCCUGGAGAACCUGGAGCACCCAAUUAUGGUGAUGUUUUACUCCAUUUGGGAAGAGAUGCUUAAGUACUUCCAGCCUGGUUCUCUUCUUCUCGAUUUCUUCCCCAUCCUGCAGCGCCUGCCAAAGUUCAUGCAGCCUUGGAUGAAGCUGGCAGAUUCAUUGCGAGCCAGAGAGAUCAAAUUACAUCGAGCAUUUCUUCGUACCCUAAAUAAACAGGUCCAAGAUGACAAUGCUCCAACCUGUUUCGGCACUCUAUUAGUUAAAAUCCAGGAAAAGGAGGGUAUCUCAGAUGAGCGUGCAUGUGACAUCCUUGCUAUGUUGACCGGAGCUGGGGCGGAUACCACCUCGUCGUCCCUCCAAUCCUUCUUUAAAGUAAUGGCAUUGCACCCAGAAGUUGCCCUAAAAGCCCAAGCGGAGCUCGACUCUGUGGUCGGUCAAGACCGUCUCCCCACAUGGGAAGACGAGCAAAAACUAUCCUACGUCCGCGCCAUUAUCAAAGAGGUGCAUAGAUGGGCUCCUAUCGGUAGCCUAGGAGUCCCCCACGCCACCUCCGACUCAGAUGUCUAUGAGGGAAAGCGAAUUCCGAAAGAUACAAUUAUCUUCCCCAACCUGACGAAACUUUCUCGUGAUAGUGAGCGCUAUGAGGAAGCCGAUUACUUCCUUCCAGAGCGUUUCCUAGGCGAUAACCUGGACGCAUCAUCCUCUGCUUUGCAUCCCGACUGGAAGGUCCGUGACCAUUUCCAUUACGGUUUUGGUAGACGACUUUGCCAAGGUAUUUUCGUGGCCGAAGCUAGCUUGUAUAUUGCCGUCAGUCGCCUUUUAUGGGGAUUCAAUAUUACACCCGUGGAAGGAGAAGCGUUGGACAUGGAUGCCAAGAUUACUGGCCUUGUAACAAAGCCUCAACCUUACAGAGUGUCCAUCAAGAGUCGCAGUCCCGGCCAUGAGGAUUUGAUGAGGAAGGAGAGGGAAAUCGGUAAGACGGAUAUUUUGAACUUCGACAAUGUGAAGUUGGAAUAUUAG